GUAUGAAGUGCGCACCUUGGUCUGGCCUGAUUUGAUGUUAGUCCUGAAGCUAAGAUGAGCAAUGCUGAAUUACGACAGAAAAUAUGUGAAAAGUGUAUUCUGGUCAAAGGUUUCAACAGAGAAACUGCUUUUAAUGAUAUAAGGCAGAUUUUUACUAACGCCUGGAGAGGAACCAGAGCAACUCGGACAGCAAACUAUGAUUUCAAACAUCAGGAAUGGAUAGUUCAGUUUUUUUCAACAGAAGAUGCACAGAAAUAUACAAGAAAAAUUAAAGUAAUAGAACAUUCCCCUGAAGAGAUCCUGUAUAUAAGUGCUUGUGAGCUGCCAUGUGACAUCCCAGAUGAAUGGUUACAGACACCUGACUGUGAAUCAUCUUAUCCAAUAACUGGGCCACCAAAUCAUCAUGGUCCAUUCACAGAAUUGCAACACCCACCAUCAUAUUCUUUGAUAUAUCCCAACCAGGGACUACCAACUAAUCCUUCCAAUCAAGGACCAGGGACUGAUCCGUCAGCACCUCCUCUACAACAACCUACUGGUCCCCAGGGAUUUUCACCAUAUAGUCCACAGUAUGAUCCAAGGUACAUGCAACAGCAUGGGCACAAUCCACAAAAUCCUCAUCAGCAACAUUUGUAUCCACAUGGAAUGCUAUGGAACCAAUAUCCUCCAGGAACUCCAUAUACAGGAUGUUCAUCACCAAACCAGGAAAAAGGACCCCUCCAACCACAACAACAAAGGCAAUGGGGAUCACAUCCAUAUCAAGGCUAUGAUAUGUAUAAUAGUCCUUAUGGUCCAUAUCAAGGUCAAGGUCAUCCUUAUGGUUUAGACCCUCAUCAACAAGUGCAGCAGUUUGGCCCUCAUGGAAAUCCUAGUUUUAAUCCAGAACAAACUGAGAAAGAUGAACUUACUCAGGCACAAUCAUCAUCACCUAAUGCUGAAUAUUUAGAGGAAGAAAUUUCAGUUCAGCAAGAAGAAAAAGAUGAAAACAGUGAACAAGAAAAACCAGAAGAAAAACUUAAAAAAACUACAACAAACAUGCUUAAAGUAACAAAGUUGCCACCAAAUACUACAGCAGAGUUUUUAGAAAACUUUUUUGAGAACACGAGGAAGUUUGGUGGAGGUGAUGUAGACAAUGUAGAAUACGAUGAAGACACAGCUUCUGCUAUUAUUACUUUUGAAGAAGAUGAAGCUGUGGAAAUAGUAUUAAAGAAAAUACCAAUACUAUUCAAUAAGAAGGCAAUAGAAGUUUCAGCACAUAUAGUAAAUGAAGAAGAACCAAUGGAAAUCACUGAAGAAUAUGAGAGUAACCUAAGUACCAGUGAACCAGCCCCUACCUGUACAAUAGAAGUCAGAGGUAUGACAGAUCGUACAACACAAGAUACCAUCAUGUAUUACUUUGAAUCUAAGAAGGGUGCUAAUGCUGAUGUAGAAAACAUUGAGUAUAUAGAGGAUAAAGACAUGUAUUUAGUUACAUUUGAGGACGAAGAAGCUGUUAAUAGAGUGCUAGGGAAAUCUAACGUGGUAGAUGGUACUAAGUUACAAGUAAAGAAACACAUUCCACCCAAAAGAUAUCCAAACAAGGCAUUGGUUAAAGGCUUUAAUCCAAAGACAACCAAAGAUGGCAUAAUAAACUUUCUUGAAGCCAGGACGAAACUUGAUGUGGAGGAAGUAGACUUUGGUGAUGAGGAUUCUGGGAAGGCUAUUGUUACAUUUUGUGAACCAAUAGAUAUUGGAGAUAUCCAGACAGCCUGUAAGAAGAAGGCAUUAGAUGGCAGCUACCUGACAGUUCAUCCUGUGGUUGUGACAAACUGUAUUGUAGUCAGAGGUUUCAGUGAGAAAACGACAGAAAGUGGAUUGGAAUAUUACUUUGAUAAUAAAAGGAAAUCUGGUGUAGAGGGCGUUGCUAAUGUUAAGAUGGAUAAAGAUGAGGAUUACUGUGUUAUAUACUUUGAAAAUGCUGAAGAUGCAUUAUUGGCCUGUAAAAAAUCCCAUACCAUUGACAACUGUACACUGAAUGUGAAGGUCUUCUAUGAUUGUCUUGGUGUCCCUGCUGAUACAGAAGGACCAAAGUUCAAACCAUUGCCACCUUUAGUUAUUACUGAUAUUGACAAAUAUAAGAUUAACUUCUUGAAGCAUUCAACUACAAAGAGAGAUGCUAUUGAAAAACAGGUUGUGCAAAAUCAUGCUAAAAUAACUUGGCCGUCAUCCAUACGUAAUUCUAAGAUUGUUAUAGAGAGCACCUUAACCAAAGAAACAGAAGACUGUAGAAAACUUGCCAAGUCCUGGGAAGAUGAUAUCAAAAGGCAUCUUAGUACACAUGUUGAUGCCUUGAUAACAGAGAAACAUUCUACAUUACAGGAAGCUUGGAGUGGUGUCAUGCAAAAACUACGGGAAAUUAUCAUAUCAGAUCCUGAAGAUGUUAGUGUCAGUGUGGAGAAACCACCUGCUUGUGAAAUUAUUGUUGUUGGUCUUAAAAAAGCAGUGAAAGAAGUUUCAGAUAUUAUAAAACAAAUCAUUAAUGAAGUUUCUGAAGAUCUAGAUAGAGAGAAGAAAUUGGUUACAGAAAAAGUCCCCUUGAAGCAUCACCAGUUGUUAUAUCUUGAUUUUUCAAAAUUUAUAGACAAUAUCAGACAGAAUUUCAACAAAAUGGAAAUAUCUAUAGAUACCAGAGAGGGUGUUAUAAUAUUUCAUGGGUUGUCAGGAAAUGUAAACAAUGCAAAAAUAAGCAUGUUUGAACAAGUACAGAGCUUAGUGUCAGUAGAUGUUGGUAAGAAAUCACCAGGAUAUAUCAAGUUUCUGAAUAGAAAGGAUGUUAAGACAUUUGUUGGAAAGGAAAUAAAAAGCCAGGGUUUCAUUGGCAUAUGGGAUAUUCAGAAGAACACCAUUACAAUGUAUGCUGUGUCUGAUGAGGAAGCAGUAGCUGCCACCGUUGUACUGAAAGACAGUGUGAUAGAAACAGAAAUACCUUUGGAAACGCCACAGAGACCUCUACUGCGAACUCAUAAAUGGAGCCAACAUGUCCAAGCAAUCAAUGAGGAAUACCAGAGAAAACCUGUCAUAAUAGAGAUCAUUACAGAUAGUAAUCAGGGGGAGAUAAUUGUAUAUUGUACAUCAAGAGGAGAAGCAGGACUAUUGAGAGAGAAGAUUCAAGACUUCUUUUAUCACAACACUGAAACACAGAUCAGGAUUGACUUUCCACCUGCUCAAUUAAAAUUUCUAAAUGAUCAUAUGUCUAGUGAAGUAUCAAGACUUGAGAGUGACCUAAAACGUAGACAUGUCAUCGUUACUGUCAAGAGUGAUGAUGUAUUGGUCAAAGGUAAUGCACAGGGAAUACAAGAGGCUAAAGAUGAAGUGAAGGCCUUAGUAAGCAAAAUACUGAAAACCAAACACUCAAUCCACCAACCAGGAUUACAAGACCUAGUUAAUAGUUCCCAAGGAAAGUCCAAAUUAACUCAAGUCAGUAGAAGGGCUGGUGUUGUCAUCAGUAGUAAUGAAGAUGAGAUGUCAUAUGGUAAACACAUUGGGUCAAAAUCAACAGGUUUAGAUGAAAGAGCAGUGUAUACAGCCGCUGGAGGUCAAGAGGUCAUUGUAAUCAAAGGUGACAUUACAGGACUGGAUGUGGAUGUUAUAGUCAAUGGAGCCAAUAAAGAUUUGAAUCAUAGUGGUGGUCUGGCCAAAGCUCUGGUUCAAAAGGGUGGCUAUAGUAUACAGGAGGAAUGUAACAAGUUCUUUAAGUAUAAAGGUGCAUUAUCAGAAGGUGAAUGUUACUGUUCUAAACCUGGAACAUUAAAAUGUCAGAUGAUUGUCCAUGCUGUUGGUCCGUCAUGGCAAGGUGGUUCUAAUAGAGAAGAAGACCUACUACAGAAAUGUGUUGAAAGAGCAAUAGUUGAGACGGAAAAAAAGAAGUAUACUACAAUUGCAAUCCCAGCUCUGUGUACUGGGAUUUUUGGUUACCCGGCACACCAGGCAACUAGAGCAAUUGUUCAGGCAGUUAGGGACUAUUUCAAGAGGAGCAAGACAUGCAAGACAAGCAUAGUUGAGACUGUUUACCUAUGUGAUGUCAAUGAGAGCUCUGUAGACCUGUUUGUGAAGGCAGGGGACAAGUUGUUUAAUCAGAGAACGGAUGGAGGAAGAACCCCAUCUGGUGGUGGAAACAGGCAUUCAGGUAAAGGGUCAGAUCCCUCUGGAUCUAUUCCCAAAGGAAAUAUACGAAUUAGAAUUGAAAAAGGAGAAUUAGCAAAGAUGGAAACUGAUGCAAUUGUGAAUACAACAUCUGCAGACUUAAACCUCUCUGCUGGACUUGUAUCACAGUCUUUAUUGAGAGCUGGAGGCUCUGGUCUUCAGGAUGAAUGUAAACAGAAAUAUCCAAAGGGAAUUAACUCUGGGGAAGUUGCUGUAACAAAGGGUGGCAAAUUAAAAUGCAAAAUUGUUCUUCAUGGCUGUUUAGAACCAUGGCGUCCAGACGGAUCAACCAUUAAGGUUCUUGAGACAUUUGUAAAUGGUUGUCUAACCAUGGCUGAUAGUAAGCAUUGCAGCUCUGUAGCAUUUCCAGCCUUGGGGACUGGCAACUUAGGGUACCCAAAAGAUCUUGUUGCCAAGCAUAUGAUUAGCUGUGUAGAGAAUUUCUCUGGACAGAAUCCAAAGUCUAGUAUUAAGGAGGUUAAGUUUGUGCUGUACUUUAAAGAUGAUGAAGUAGUAAAGGCAUUUGAAGAUGAGGAAAGACGGAGACAAGGACAUGACAGACAGGAUUCUAGACAUCAACAGCCAGAAGGAUUUCACCACAGAAAUAAAGCUGGAAAUCAGAAGCCAAAAAAAGAACCAAUACAGCCAUCACAAAAACAUGCUGUAGAUGCCAAUACAAUGUAUAGUGUUGACAUAGGAAAUCUGGUAUUAAAAAUCUACCAAGGGGACAUAACUGCUGUCAAAGUGGAUGUUAUAGUUAAUGGAACUAAUAUUGAUUUGGAUUUAACUAAGGGUGCAGUGGCUAAUGCAAUCAGAAACAAAGGUGGAAAAGAACUAGAAGGCCAGCUGAAAAGUCAGAGAAAAGCAAUGGGAAAAGACGGUAUAGCAGUAACAACAAACACAUCAUCAAAAUCCUUGCCAUGUGGUGCUGUGAUACAUAUAGAUAUGACUGAUCUUAAUCCAAGUGGCCAUGCUGCUCCCAAUCCUGUCACUUUGAAAGACAAAGUCAAAAAAGCACUGAAAAAAACAGAGGAAUUAAAGAAAGCAAUUGUAGCAUUUCCAGCUUUAGGUACAUCAAACAGCAAUGUAACUGUUAAAGAUAUUACAUACUCAGGUACAUCAAACAGCAAUGUAACUGUUAAAGAUAUUACAUACUCAGGUACAUCAAACAGCAAUGUAACUGUUAAAGAUAUUACAUACACAGGUACAUCAAACAGCAAUGUAACUGUUAAAGAUAUUACAUACUCAGGUACAUCAAACAGCAAUGUAACUGUUAAAGAUAUUACAUACUCAGGUACAUCAAACAGCAAUGUAACUGUUAAAGAAGCAGCAGAACAGAUGUUUAAAGCAGUGGAAAAAUUCAACAGUAAACCAAUCAACCAUGUCAAAGAAGUUCAUGUGGUUAUUUACCAACAGAAAAUGAUGACAGAUUUCAUGGCAGCCAUUAAGGAGUGUGUUGACCACAGUACUAGUAACAAUAAAGGUUAUGUUGGAAAGUUUCUCAACUGGGUUUCUGGAGGAUACAUUUCAGGCGAAAAGGAGAUAAAAGUUUCUACAGAAGAAAGACUUUCCAGUGCUCAGGCAUUAGGUCAAAGACAUUCUGCUGCUCAGGCAUUAGUAGAUAGAAAGAUUGAUGACAAGGUGACCUUUGUUAUCUACUCUAAAGAUCAGAGGGCUGCUGAUGGUGCCAUUAAAUUGUUAGAAACAGCAAUAGUAGAGGAUCAUAUUGAAAAAUCUGUUCCUGCCAAAAUCAUCAAAGAAUUUACUAAUGAUCAGAUUGCAGAAGUGAAGAAACUAGAACAAACAGAUAAAGUAACAGUUAAUGUUGACAAAUUUAAUGAAAAAAUAACAAUAAAAGGAAUGACCAAGUUUGUAGCUACAGCAAUGGAUAAGAUUAAUGAUAUUAUUAGAAAAGCAGAACUAGGCAAACAAAAUAUUCAGAAAGCUACCCUGGUUAAAGAUAUCGCACAGUGGUACUUUAUGGACGACGAUAAUGGAAAGACAGAAUUGAAGGAAUAUCCUGAUGAUGUUACUGUACUACUAGAGACAGCAUUGAUGAAACAAGAGCCACAAGCUUUCUUCCUUGAUAGUGAUGGAAACAAAUACAUUGUUGACUUUGAUUCUUAUGAAGAGUAUCCUGCUGCUGAUCCAACUGAUACAGUUAAAGUUCUGAGGAAAUCAAAACUUGUCGAUAAAACAUUUGAGCCACCGUCAACAUGGACACAUAUGGACGAGAAAGAAAACUUAAAAGUUGUACCACUGGUAUCUACAGAUCAAGAAUACAAAGAUGUUGUUAAGAAAUUUACAGACACUGCACGUGGAGUAAACGUAGAGUUUGUGAAGAUUGAAAGAGUGCAAAAUAAAACCCUAUAUCAACAAUAUAUAGCAAAGAAGAAAUCUGUUGAUGCUACAAAUAAACCAGGAAAUCAGAAUGAAAGAUUUUUAUGGCAUGGAUUUUCUAAGGAUGCCAUGGAUAGCAUAAAUAGAUAUGGAUUUAACAGAAGCUAUUGUGGUAAAAAUUUAACAGCGUAUGGACUUGGAGUAUACUUUGCAGUGGAAUCAGCUUAUUCUGUGCAAGACACCUACUCUGUACCAGACAAAGAUGCAAAUAAACACAAGAGAAUGUAUUUAUGUCGUGUUUUAGUAGGAGAGUAUGCAGUGGGAAAUAAAGACACCAAAGUUCCUCCUCCAAAAGCUGCAGGAAGUCAUAUCCUGUAUGAUACUGUCACUAAUAAUGUUGCAAAUCCUGCAAUGUUUAUUAUAUUCCAUGAUUCACAAGCAUUUCCUGAGUAUCUGGUUACCUUCAAGAGACUUUAGCGUCCUACCUUUCUGUCUCAUAAACAAAGUGUUUUAUUCCAUCAGAACAUAUUUUAAGUUGUAGUUUUGGUGUAAUUAUAACAUGCAGGACUGUAUUAUUUAUGGUUGUGUUACAGUUAUACAUAUUUGAAUAUAAAGAGAGAGAGAGAGAGAGAGAGAGUCAGAAUAGUUAUGUAAACUUGACAGGAUAAUUUUUAGCCUGGUAUUUAUCAUGAGUUUAUUUACAAUCCUAUAAAAUUAUAAAAAGUAGCAAUCUAUCUUAUUACUUUUAAAUGCUAAACAAAGUUUACUGAAGUCAAUUUGGAAUAUGGUUUGAAAGUGUAUGUUUCAAAUAUUAAACUUGAAAGAAAUUCCAUAGAUUAAUUUUGAUUUCUGAGAUUGGAACUAAAUUCAAUUCAUACAUAAUUUCUUUAAACAAGACAAAAUCCAUUUUAUUUCUAUGAUAAACAAUAUAAAUUUUUAUUUUAAUUCUGUAGAAAAGUUUUUUUUAUAUUAUUUUUGCAGGCUGACAGAACUUGUUCAGAUGUAUUUUUUAACAGCAAAAAAGUUUCAGGCAAAAAAUUAUGUUUUUUUCCAUGUACAUUGUUUUUGUGAUUGUAAACAAGAAUCAUACUCUCAGAAUAGUUUGAAUAUAAAAUAAGUCAUAUAUGUAUAUAAUAUUAUUAGUUUGAUAUUUUUAAGGAUUUGUGAUUCAUUUAAACUAGAUCACAUGUGCAUUUGUAUUUACUCAGUUUGCACACCUAUAAUGUUGUGUUUAGAUUUUCAUCUGUCAAAAACAGCAUAUUUCACAGGGCAUACAUUAUGUUACUAAGAAUACAUUCUAGAAAUCCCAAAUUGUACAUUGUUCUUUUUAUAGUUGUUGAUAAAUAAUAUAACAAUUGUAGACUUUGUCUUUAGGGUAAUAAGAUUUUUGUCUGUUUUACUUUUUCACACAAGUCCAGAGUUGUGUCUCUUGAUAUUCUGUUUUGUGAUAUAUAUAGAUUAUGAUUGAAUGGAUACAUUAGAUAAUGAUAAUUGGUACAUUUGAAAACAUAUGAAGGGAGUCAACCAUUUGUUGAUCUUAUAUCUGUUAUUAUGAGUUAUGAUUUAAAUAGUUGUAUUUACUCAGAGAACUUCACAAUUUAAUAAAUUUUAGUAAGAUCCAA